AUGGGGAACCAGACAACUGUCAGCUAUUUUGUUCUGUCAGGUGUUUCCAGUGACCCACAGCUCCAGCCUUUCCUUUUUGUGCUGUUUCUACUUAUAUACCUACUAACUGUGGUGGGGAAUGGGGCAAUUAUGGUGGUGAUAAGAGCUGAUCCUCACCUUCACACUCCUAUGUAUUUUUUCCUCUUCCAUUUAUCCUUCCUGGACAUCUGCUAUUCUUCAGUUACAGCCCCAAAGAUGCUGCAGAAUUUCUUGGCAGAUGAGACACCCAUUUCUUAUCAUGGCUGCAUUGCCCAGAUGAGCUUAAUUCUUCUGGGGGCCAGUGCAGAAGUUUUCAUUCUAUCAGCAAUGGCCUAUGAUCGAUAUGCUGCCAUCUGUGACCCACUGCAUUAUCAGGGGACCAUGAAUAAGCAAGUCCGCAUAAGACUGGUGGGUGGUGCAUGGCUGAUCGGUAUAUUUUAUGCACUUACAAAUACUGUUCCUGUGUUACAUUUGCACUUCUGUGGCCCCAAUGAACUGGACAAUUUCAGUUGUGAGCUCCCAUCUCUUCUAGAAGUGGCCUGCACAGAGACUUUCACCAGUACGAUGACCUUUCUCACUUCAGCUUUGUUUGUAACUUUGGCCUCAUUCUCCAUUAGCCUUGUCUCUUACAUCUGCAUCAUCUCCACCAUCCUGAGGAUACGCUCUGCUGAGGGUCGGAGUAAAGCCUUCUCUACCUGCAGCUCCCACCUCACUGUGGUCAUUCUGUGUUAUGGGUCUGCUUUGUUUCGAUAUCUGAGACCCAGUUCAGCCUCUUCAGUGGCUCUUGACAGAAUCUUCUCAAUCCAGUACAGUGUCUUAACUCCCAUGUUGAACCCUAUCAUCUAUAGCCUGAGAAACAAGGACGUGAAGGCAGCUCUGGGGAAUAUACUGGGGAAGAUUCGAAGCUUGUGA